CAACUUCCGCGCGGUCAUGAAGUUUUGUAAAUCACAUUGUGGAUGUAAGCACAUCAAAUGUAAUGAAAAAGAGUAGUUGUCAUCACCAAAGGAGUCCAGUAGAGGGGAUCAUAGUGUCCUGGUGUAUGCUACGAGGCACUGCUUAUUCCCUUUCAGCCAUUACACACGCGAGCUGACGAAAGUUUCUGUUCGUGUUUCAUUCAUACAGAUACCCCCUUUUCAGAGAGCAAAGUGCAACUGGAAAGAAGAGUUUCUGUCACGUAACACAUUUUAGGCUGACCUGCUCUAUGCGCUUCCUUCAAAGACCAAAAAUCAGAGGAAUUAUGUUGACCAGGAUUUUUACUCAUGUGUACAGAGGACAAUUUUGUUUUGCAUGGAGAAGUGUAAGUCAACAUGCUGGUCAAAGGCUUGAUAUUGCUGGGAUUUAUCCUCCCAUUGCCACUCCGUUUACACACAGUGGAAAUGUGGAUUAUCAAAGCCUAGAUAAAAAUCUUCAAAAAUAUGGCAGUAUACCUUUUAGAGGUCUUGUGGUGCAGGGCUCUAAUGGAGAGUAUCCAUACCUGACAAUGGAAGAACGUAUAGAUGUUGUACGAAGAGUUAGAGGAGCUCUGCCUACAUCAAAGCUAUUGAUGGCUGGAUCUGGGUGUGAAUCCACAAGAGCCACAAUUCAAAUGAGUGAGAGUAUGGCCAAGGCUGGUGCUGAUUGUGUUUUGGUUGUGACGCCAUGUUUUUAUCGUGGAAGAAUGAAUAGCAGUGCUCUUAUUCACCACUAUACACAGGUAGCAGAUUCCAGUCCUGUACCCAUCAUUCUCUAUAGUGUACCAGCCAACACCUUACUGGAGCUUCCUGUAGAUGCAGUGGUACAGUUAUCCCAACAUCCAAAUAUAGUCGGCAUCAAAGAUAGUGGUGGUGAUAUUACAAGGAUAAGUCUGAUUGUGUACAAAACUAUAUCACAGGAUUUCCAGGUGUUGGCAGGGUCAGCUGGGUUCCUCAUGGCUGCCUAUGCAGUAGGUGCUGUUGGGGGUGUGUGUGCUUUGGCAAAUGUUUUGGGUCAGCACGUGUGUGAGCUAGCAAAGCUGUGUACAUCAGGGCAAUGGGACAAAGCAAAAGAACUUCAAUACCGUCUAAUUGAACCAAACAUUGCGAUAACAAAAAAGUUUGGUGUUCCUGGUCUAAAGCAAGCAAUGGAGUGGUUUGGAUACCAGGGUGGUGUAUGCCGUGCCCCUUUGCAGCCUUUGUCUGAGGUGGAGUUAGAAAAUCUUCAAAAGGACUUCUCAACAAAUGGGUGGCUGUAGAUAUACGUUACAUCAUAAAUAAAUAAUUUGCAUAAAUUGUGAGAUUAUGCACAUUAUGUUAACCUGUUUUAAAUAGUUAAAUCCUAAUUCAUCAGAGAACAUAUGGCUAAAUUCAUAGCUCUCAGUGGGUUCAUUAAUUUAAAUAUAUUUAAUAAAUGAGACAACCACAGCAA